AUGGCGGCGGGCGAGCAGCGGAGCCGCGACUACCUGCGGCACCACCGCGUCCCGCAGCUGUUCCAGCGCCUCGCAGAGCUGCUGCUCUACCACCGCCCCGAACGACCGCGCGAGUUCCUGAUCGAGGCGCUGGAAAGGGUGAAGGCGGGAAAACGAGCCGAGGGGGAGUACCCGAACCUGAUGGACGAGACCAACCUGGCGGCCAUGUUCAGCCUCCUGGAUGUGGUCGGGCAAGGCCACAUCACGCCAGCGCAGCACAGAGAAGCUCUUAAAACUUUGGGACUGAGCACUGAAGGUCUGCAGCUUGGAGACGAUGAGAAUAUCACACUGGACAUAUUCAAGGAAGAAGUGAAGAAAAAGAUGAUGGAGAGCUGGGCUGUGUAUUAGUUUGAGCAGUGAUUUGCUAUUAAAAAUAGUCCUCUUGCUCAAUUCUGGUUUGUCAGCUGUGGUAGCUGAGUUUAAGCAGUACUGGCUUUUUAUUGUUUCCCUGCCCUGUUUGAGCAAUCAGCUGAAAAGGAAAAAGGACAAGAAUGUGUUGAAGACACUGGACGAGUAGCAUUUGAGAAUUGCUUAACACACUAAAUGGUUAAAAAAAGAGCAGAGAACUCUUCUACGCAACUGCAAGAGUUUCUCCUUUCAGUCUGUAGCUUACUGUACCAUAUGGGGCUCAUUAUCACUGAAUCAAAUGAACUUUAGGAUGGGAGCUGUUUCUUAAGUUGGUUUUGUUUUCUGGCAGGGUUAGGCAC